CUCAUUUCCAUUAUCGGCAACAAGGAGCAGGGACUCCUGCGCGUGCACCCCCAGCCUGGACAUCGCGGGCACUUGCUAGGUGCAACGACGGGCUGCUGGCUGUGACAGCAAAGCAGAGACCAGUUGCCGUCAAGCGCGAUAGCAGCUUACGGCCGGAACGACGUGGUGCCACCCACCGCCACUGCACCUCCAUCGUCAGCCUUCCGACCUGGUGCCCCCGUUCGGCAGCUUUCGGCGCUGCCAUGCGCGCCGCGCCAUGGUUUGCCUCCUGCGUCUCGGCGCUUGGAAGCUCGAGCUCGCAACUAGGCGCUGUCAGUAGCAGUGGCGGCGGCGGUGCGCUGUUGAGGGCGUUGACCGGCUCCCCGGAGCUGGCGGCAGCGCCGGGCAGCAGCCUCAGGCCGGUUCCCCUCUCACACGUUCCAUGCGCUAGCAGUCACAGCAGCACCAGCAGCAGCCCCAUCAACAACAUUAGCAGUAGCAGGAGCUGCUGCACAGACAACACUGAGAGCGCUAACAGCAGCAACAGCGCCAGCAGCGAAAGCGCGCAUGCGGCGACACCGGCACGGCUCAGCGCGACGUGGCCGCCCCUGGCGCGGCGGCACCGCGUGCUUGCGCCACGCCUGCCGGCAGCGGCAGGCGCAGCCGGAGGCGCGCUGGGAGGUGGCGCGGCUGAGGCUGAGGCAUGCAGCAGUGGCAUGCAGCCAGCGCAACAACUGCCGGUAUGCGCAGCGGCGGCGGCGGCGACGAGGUUGAACGGCCUGCGUUGCUGCCUGCACACCAGCUCAGCUGCUGCCGCCGCCGCCAGCGCUGCUACCGCUGCUUCUGCUUCCAGCGCCGCGGCGGCUGGCGGGGGAGGAGGAGGCAGCUGCCGCACGGGGUCCGGCGGCGGCAGCGGGGAAGGCACGGGGGCGAGCGGACGCGGAGAUCGGGGGGGAGGCGGCGCCGGAGCCGGCUGGGGUAGAGGCGCUGGAGGCGGGGGCGGCGGCGGCGCCGGAGGCAGCGGCGGCGGCGGCGCACCGCCUCGUGAGGAGGGGUUGGGAGCUGUCCUGGAGGUUUUCAACAAGCCGCUCAAGGCGCUUCAGCGGGGCCGCGCCGCCGCGCUGCAGGACGUGUCCGACCCGCUGCUGGGCGCUGUGAGCGGGCGGCUGCUGGACAGACUGGAGGACUGCCGCGUGCGCUUCCCCACAGCUGUGGUGCUGGGCGGAGCGGCGCUGCCGGUGGUGCGGCAGCUGGGCGGCGGGCGGGCGGGCAUCGAGCGGGUCAUUGUGAUCGACUCCAGCCAGGAGAUGCUGGACCGCUUGCAGCGCGAGGAGGCGGAGGCGCGCUCCUGUCCCGACCCCACCGCCAAGCCCUGGCCCGCCAUGAGCUAUGUGCGGGGCGAUGAGGAGCACCUGCCGCUGGCACCCAAGAGCGUGGACUUGAUCAUCAGCUGCAUGGGUCUGCACUGGGCCAACGACCUACCGGGCGCCAUGGCCCAGUGCCGGGCCGCACUGGUGCCGGACGGCCUGUUCCUGGCGGCACUGCUGGGCGGAGACACACUGCAGGAGCUGCGCAUUGCGUGCGCUCUGGCCCAAAUGGAGCGCGAGGGCGGCGUGUCGGCAGUCAUAUCGCCACUGGCGCAGGUGCGGGACGCCGGCAACCUGCAACCCCCUCGUUUGGACGGCUGCUCCCGCCCCGUGCGGGACGCCGGCAACCUGCUCACCCGCGCCGACCUGCGGCUGCCCAGUGUCGACGUGGACGCCUUCCACAUCGGCUACCCCUCCCCGCUGGAGCUGGUGCAGCACCUGCGGGCACUGGGUGAGGGCAACGCCAGCGUUCAGCGGCGGCGCAUGUUGCCCCGGGACUCAGCACUGGCGGCCGCGGCUGUGUACCAGUCGAUGUUCGGGUUCCGGCCGGACCGCGACCAGGAAGGGGAGGCGGAGGAGGGGGGCAGCCAGGGGCGUGACGAGUCACGGAGCAAGGGCUCGGGGGCGACCAGCGCCAGUGAUGAUGACGACGGUGGUGAUGGUGGCGGCGGCAUCACCGCCACGUAUCAGGUCAUAUUCAUGACGGGAUGGGCUCCGGCGCCGCACCAGCCCAAGGCCGCCAAGCGCGGGUCAGCCACUGUGUCUUUCCAGGACCUGGCCGAGGGACUGGUCAAGGGCGGCCAGGGGGUGGGCGGCACCGCAGAGGAGGGCGUCGUGGUGGGCGCACCGCAAGACGACUCGCCGCUGCCGUCCAGGCGGAAGCCGUAGCAGUAGCAGCAGUGCACCCGGCUGGCAAGGAUACCUUCCAUGUUUUUAUUGGGCACCAGUAAACCAGGUAUGCAUAUGGCCAAGUACAAUCACUGGAUGGGGCUCAGCUUGAGCGCCGCGCACCCUGCAUGCACCCUCCCCACGCGCAGUGUAUUAUUCCGUAUGAAGCCCACAGAGGCUUGAUGAAAUUCCGCAUGUUUUGCUGGACUCAGUCAAAAAGCCGGUUUGAGGACGCCAAUGGAGAGGGAAUACGGCCCCAAUGAACAUGGCUGGGUAUGGCUGUCUGCGUUUCAUCUCAGUCUUUUGGAGGUCACGGUCGGGAGCCGCUGCCCAAGGCCAGGCUCUUCGUUUGCACACUUCCAACCCUGUAACGCAUAAUCAUCAUCAGUAACCGUAGCAACCGUCGCAGCGGCUGCUGAGUGGGUCUAUCGGGGGGUGGGAGUACGAGGUGUGGACACGCGGCACGCUGUGAGUUGCCCCCCCCCUCAUCCCGGGUCCGCGUCAGCAGAUCCCAGGCUGCACGGUUGCAACACAUGUCCCUUCGUUACUGUCGCCCCGGCAGCUCGGUGGUGGGGCGGAUGUCUGGAGCGACUGGGUGACGACCGGUAAACAGUGACUGACGACUGGUCAGGAGCUUGGUGAGGAUGCCCAAUUGCAGGCUGCACGUGUAGUAGGACAGUUGGUAAAAGACACAUCUAGAUGCC